CUUGAAUGAAAAUGGCGCCUUCUGGAGGAAGAGAAAUAGUCUGUGAUUUUUAGUCCGUAGUUCAUCAAAAACUGUCUAUAUUUUAUCAUUUUUAACCAUGUUUAGUUUACAGGAACUCGAAGCAUCAGCUAUGGUAAUGAUGGCAUCACCUACGGUUGUGACCCCACAGCAAAGACAUGACGCAGAGCAAAUUUUCUUGAGACUCAAGAAAUCUAAGUCUCCAUAUGCUUUCUGUAGACAGGUUCUUGAGCACAGUAAUAAUGAUUAUGUCAUGUUCCAAGCAGCUUCAGCAAUCAAAGAAGCCAUUCUCCAUGAAUGGACCAUAUUAGACAAACAAGAUAUUGACUCGCUCAGGGCAUUCCUCCUGACAUUUGUUCUACAAAAACAAGGGGUCCAGAAGUAUGUCAAAGAACAAGUACUACAAGUAGUUGCUGUGAUAUUCAAACGAGGCACACUUGAUGGGAACCAGGAAGCUUGGGUUUCUCUGUUCAAUGAUUUAACACAGCUUAUUUCAGACAGUGAUACAACUAUGCAAAUCUUGGGUUGUUCAAUACUCAAAGCACUUCUGAAUGAAUACUCCUUCAUAAACAGAUCAAGUGACAUUGGACUCAGCUGGGAGUUUCAUACUCGGUGUAAACACAAUUUUGAGACCAACCAUCUCAAGAAAAUCUUCUGCCUUGUUGUCCAAGUCCUGCAACGAUACGAAGCUACAGAUAUGAAGUUGAUGGGUAGAGAGCAAAUUGUUGCCGUGGUGAGAUUGCUGUCAAUAGCAGAACAGAUAUUACAAUGGGAACACACUAUUCAUAGCAUCAGGAACCGAAGGGUUACAGACAUAAACAAAGUUAUUCUAUUGAGGCCUGAUAAGUCCUGGAAAGAUGUUUUGUUUGAUGCAAGCUUCAUUAGCUUAUUCUUCAAGCUCUUAUCCAAGUUUCAAGAGAAUGAAGAGAUAUCACACCAUGGGUUCCAGUGCCUGACUCAACUAGCUUCACUAACAGGGCCUAUCCUAGGGAACAAGACUGCACAGACACAGUUCCUAGCGCACUUCCUGGUCGCAUUUAAUGAACUCACUAAAAGCUUGACCAUGACAAGCCAAGUGGCCCUUGGAUUAGCUAGUAUCAUUAACAGACUUUAUACUGUGUUUCCUUGUACUUGCGUUGGUGCAUUACCUGCUGAUCUCUUACUAGCUACCAUUAACAUCAUGACAGACCUCACAUGUACUUUCUUGGAAGCUGUUGCUAAAGAAGAAGAGAUUUUUAAUGAUGGCUCUCCCCUUCGACACAUGCAUUGCAUGGAAAACCUAUUUGAAGAUCUUCAUUGGCUGGUUAUGAUCGCUGGUCACAUGGUUGCUGAUGAAAGCACAGGAGAAACUCCUCUUAUACCCAGUGAAAUCGUACAAUACUCUAUCGCGAAUGAGCAGAACAUUGACCUCCAAAUGACGCUGGACUAUUUGAUUGCGGCGCAUACCAGGACAGCAGGCUGUCCUAGUACUAUCGACCAAUCAAAAGUGGAUCCUGUUAUCAAGGUCAUCGCUGCUGUUCUCCACAUAGCAGAUGUAGAAAACAAGGCUCUGGCGACAAGCCUGGGACACCUUAUGAGCCCGCAGGUCGGUGGUACAGUGGUCUGGUUUCUACGUCAUUUUUCUAAGUCUUAUUUACUUCCAGAUGAGCAGGAAUAUGAACAACUGAGCGUGACUCUGUCGUCUGUGUUUGGACAAGACACCAAUGGCGGCAAGUGGACCAUUGGGUUUUUACUUGAGAAAGUUCGUUCUAAUUUGACUCACUGGUCGAGUGAACCAGCUCUGGCUGAGGAUACAGUACUGUUACUGUUGAGUCUGGUGGACACCAAGCAGAGAGCUGAGGUCGCGAUCUCUUUUGAAUGUUUGUGGCAAAUCGGAGAACAUCACGCACUAAGACAAGGUCCCAUAUCCCAGAUGCCAGCUGAGGCCCAUCGAUAUUUAGUACAAGCACUAGUUUUAGCAGGGUCCUCUGGAGAGGGGAGCUCGUUAAGAGACAGAUACUGGAAUCAGUUUCUUCAAUCUCUCUACACUCGAUUCUCGAAUGCCUGUCAGCAGCCAAACUUCAUCAAAGUCGCGCAAGAUGAAGAAGUCAAGUGUGAAAUUCAGAGUCUUUUAGAAUCCUUUAGAGGCGUUGCCCUGGCUUCGUCCACCGACAAUACUAAAGAGUUGUUUCAUUUYGUAUUACCGGUGUUGCGUGACAGCGUAACACUUUUAAACAUUUACCAAGACUGUCCUGAAGUAUCGGUGCUGGUACUGGAGAUGUAUGUGGACGUGGUUCAUUCGCAAAUAACUUUUUUAUCCGCGGAGGAGUCAGAUAAACUCUACAAAGCAUGUCUUUCAUUGCUGGAGACCUAUGCUAAGUACAGUCUGGGCAAGCACAGUUGCUCUUCAUUGAUGGAAGAAGAACAGUUCUCUGAUCUCUACCUACUGAUGCGGCUUCUUAGUCACAUCUUGUCCAAAGAUAUCAUAGAUUUCAAAGAAGAUGGAAAUCAUACCUCAGCAGCAGAUGUUACAAUAUAUGGUUUGAACAUAAUCAUCCCUCUUGUCUCCACGGAGAUCCUCAAGUUCCCAUCGAUCUGCGAGGAAUACUUCAAACUUGCCACGUAUGUCUGUGAGGUGUACCCAGAGAAGACCAUCACUCUACCUGAUGGUUUGUUCCAGAACAUGAUGUCCACACUAGAACUGGGACUCAACAAUUAUGAUGCGGAUAUUUCCAAAAUGUCCCUAGAAAGUUUGGCUGCUCUCGCCGAGCAUUGUUUCAGCAACAAAGAAGAGAUGCUACAGCAGAGAAUGCGGGAAGUUGUGCGACACUUUCUAAGGGUGAUUUUCAAUAUGAUUCUUCUUGAGUCUUUCAACAUGGAUCUGUUACAGCCUGCAUCAGAAGCCUUCUUGGCCCUUAUCUGCUGCAAUCAAGAAUAUUACUCUCAGCUUGUCCGUGACCUACUCAGCCAACAAACAGACCCUAUGAUAUCACAGCGCCUACUUAUAGCCUUCAAUAACCUGACUCCUAACAACAUGAGGAUUGCCCUGGACAAAACCAGUAAAACCUGCUUUAGGCGAAGUCUUGAUACAUUCUUGACAACAGUUAAAGGUUUUCUCUUCACCAAGUGAUUUCAAAUGGCGUUUUAAUGAAGUAUACAAGAAUUAUUCAUCAGGUCAAGAGUGGGAUUUUUUUCUUUAAAUAUGGACACUGUUGGAUAUGAUGAAUACAUUUUUAUGUGCUGAUGUACACGAAGUCUUCUGAGUCUUCCUAACUACAUUACAAUAUAACCUCUAUUUAUCAUCAGUAUGGAGCAAAGAAAGUGCAAUAGACUAAAUUCCACAAAGAAAUUUCUACCAGAACAAGGCUGCCUGAAUAAGCUGUAAAGGUUYAUUUUAACUUUCACCUAGAAAGAUGGUUUGUGUUGGCCAACAUUGUAAUGUCCCACAUUGCUGUUAUUUCUUGUUAAACGUUUGACUAACUGUGAAAAACAACUGUCCUCUUUCAUGACAAUAGUAUGAGAUAAGACUAGUUGAUCCAUAAACACUGUCGCUUUGCAGAGUCAAAGUAAAAAGGCCAUAGGUCAUUCCAAGACGGAAAGGAAUGAUGGGCACAUGCAACAAAUCACAGCAAAUAAAAUGGUUCUUUAAUAAGCCUGAAGCGAGAUGAUGUUUUACCCCCGUCUCUAGACCAUAAUCCUUUUCACACUGCUUUUGUUCUUUCAUUAUGACUAUUGUUCCUGUAUUCUCUAAGGAAUCAAAAAUUUUAAUAUGAAAGAAUUUUAAAAACUAUUAUGGUAUAGAGUCGGGGGUAAAACGUCAUCUCGCUUCAGGCUUAUUACGAAUAAUAUACAAUUAUUAGAUGAGGUCGAGCAUGAUAUCGUAAAUUAUCAAAACCAAGGCCGUGGAUAAAACGGCCGAUAAUUUACGAUAUCAUGCGAAAAUGGAAUUCAAUUGUUUUAUCAUACAUUUUUAAAACUAAGAAUAAAAAUUUAAUUCUGCUUUCAAAGAAUAGUAAACGUAUUUCAAUCUCAAUUUUGACCUCGCAUAAACUUGACAUGAUAAAUGCAAUAUCUGAAGGAAAACCUACAAAUAUUGCAUUUAUCAUGUCGAGCAGUAGCGUAGCGAGGGGGGGCAUGUGCCCCCCCAGAAUUUUUGAAAAAAAUUUUUUAAAAAAAAAGAAAAACAAAAAAAACAUAUUAAACCGAAACGAAAGAGGAAAAUAGAUUAUUACAACCUACAAAAGUGCGAAUUUAUACGAAGUUAUCCGGACGGGCUACCUGUGCACUGCGAACCCGGUCAGAGCCUGGAAUCUGCACAUGGGAAUUUGAAUUUUUUUAAUAUUUUGGAUCAGUGCCCCCCAGCUCCUAGGUCCUCGCUACGCCCCUGAUGUCGAGUUCACAGGAUAUCAUGGAUUGCCGGAGGGCUCUCCAGCAAUGUUUGAGUAGCUGUAGUACCAACUCGCUUCUCGCAUCUGGGGCCCACCUCUGUUUCGAUUCCUGGACUCAGCAUCAUGGUAGAAGAGUUUGUCUGGGUCUCUUCCUUGUUAGGGUUUUGUCAUGGUUUUCCAGUUUUACUUCCUUGGCAAGACCGAAAACGCUUUUAAUAUUUCAAUUCUGUGAGAGGG